GCACUCUUUUCUCCUGUUUCUGUGUGAUUUGGCCGGUUGCGGGCAGGUAAAGGUGUAGAACAUGAACCGAAUUUUCGGCCGUGGAAAGCCCAAAGCUCCUCCUCCCAACCUGUCGGACUGCAUCGGGAACGUGGAUGCCAGAGCUGAGUCCAUCGAGAAGAAGAUCGGCAGGUUAGAUGCUGAGCUGAUGAAGUACAAAGACCAGAUGAAGAAGAUGAGGGACGGGCCUUCCAAGAACAUGGUGAAACAGAAGGCCAUGAGAGUCCUGAAGCAGAAGAAGAUGUACGAAGGCCAGAGGGAGCAGCUGGCUCAGCAGUCCUUCAACAUGGAGCAGGCCAACUACACCAUCCAGACCCUGAAGGACACCAAGACCACCGUGGAGGCCAUGAAGAUCGGCGCCAAGGAGAUGAAGAAAGCCUACAAGGACGUGAAGCUGGAUCAGAUCGAUGACUUACAGGACCAGCUGGAGGACAUGAUGGAAGACGCCAACGAGGUGCAGGAAGCUCUGAGCCGCAGCUACGGCACUCCAGAGAUCGAUGAAGAUGAUCUGGAAGCAGAGCUGGACGCUCUGGGUGAUGAACUGCUGCUGGAUGAUGACAGCUCCUACCUGGACGAGGCCUCGGCUGCUCCGUCCAUCCCCGAGGGAAUCCCCAGCGACUCCAAAACAAACAAGGACGGCGUGUUGGUGGACGAGUUCGGCCUGCCACAGAUUCCCGCCACAUAAAGGAGGAGUAGAAGACCUUUUCUGCGUAGAGAACGUCGGAACGUGUUCGAUCUGAGGAGGGUUUGGAAGCCGUUUGUGGAUUAUCGCUCCC